CCAGAGCCAGGAUGGGGGACACCCCAGAGAUAGGGGGUAUCCCUGGGAAGCACAGGACCCAGCCUGGAUGGACUGGAAAGUGCGAAGUACAACUUGAAGGCCCCACCAGCAUAGACCCUGGUAGUGACCCAGACGAUGUGGAAGACAACAAGAACACAGCAUUCACCUGGGAGGUGAGGGCCAACAACUGGGACUUUCACACCAAGUCCAAGGAAAAGUUCCUAUGCUGGCGGAGGAAAAAGUACAAGUCCAACGUCAUCCACACAGCCAAGUACAAUUUCUUCUCCUUCUUGCCACUGAACUUGUAUGAGCAGUUCCACCGCGUGUCCAACCUCUACUUCCUUCUCAUCAUUAUCCUGCAGGGCAUCCCAGAGAUCUCCACGCUGCCUUGGUUUACCCUCUUUGCCCCAUUGGUCUGCCUCCUCCUUAUCCGGGCUACUCGAGACCUGGUGGAUGACAUUGGGCGGCACAGGAGUGACCAUGCUGUCAACAACAGGCCCUGCCAGAUCCUGAGCGGAAAGAGCUUUACUUGGAGGAAGUGGAAACACAUCCGAGUGGGAGACAUGGUGUGUCUCAGAAAGGACAGCAUAGUCCCGGCAGACUUGCUCUUGCUAGCCAGCACGGAGCCCAGCAGCCUGUGCUACGUGGAGACGGCGGACAUUGAUGGGGAGACCAAUUUGAAGUUCAGACAGGCCUUGACAGUCACCCACCAAGAACUGACCAGUGCUACAAAGAUGGCGUCCUUCCAGGGCACCGUGAGGUGCGAGGACCCCAACAGCCGGAUGCACCACUUCGUGGGGAGCCUGGAGUGGAACAACAGGAAAUAUCCCCUGGACACUGGGAACCUGCUCCUGCGUGGCUGCAAGAUCCGUAACACCGAUGCCUGCUAUGGCCUUGUCAUCUAUGCAGGUGUUGACACAAAGAUCAUGCAGAACUGUGGCAAGAUCCACUUGAAGAGGACCAAGCUAGAGCUCCUCAUGAAUAAGCUAGUGGUCCUGAUCUUUCUGUCCCUAGUGGCCAUCUCCUUGGCUUUGACCCUGGGCUUCCGUUGCAUGAUCAAAGACUUCAAAUGGAAGCACCACUACGUGUCUGCCAAGCACCCAAGGCCGGAGAUUCUGGAGUCCUUCCUCAUCUUCUGGAGCUUCCUCAUCCUGCUCAGCACCGCGGUGCCUAUGUCUUUGUUCAUCCUAACAGAAUUCAUCUACCUGGGCCACAGCCUUUUCAUCAACUGGGAUGCGGGCAUGUACUCCGAGCCACGGGCCAUGCCCGCCAAGGCCCGCAGCACCAGCCUCAACGACCAGCUGGGCCAAGUGCAGUAUGUCUUCUCAGACAAGACGGGCACGCUCACGCAGAACAUCCUGACCUUCAAAAAAUGCUGUAUCAACGGCCACAUCUACGAUCCGGAUGAGGAGGCUGGUCCCCCCUGUGAGGAGAAGCCCUACAUGUGGAAUGAAUUUGCAGAUGGAAAACUCCUUUACUACAACAAGCAGCUACUACACACGGUGCAGCGCAGACAGGACAGGAUGGUGCAGGAGUUCUGGCGCCUGCUCGCCAUCUGUCACACGGUGAUGGCCCAGGAAGAAGACGACCAGCUGCUGUACCAGGCAGCAUCCCCGGAUGAGGAAGUGCUCGUUACUGCCGCCAGGAACUUGGGGUACGUGUUCAGAUCCCGCACUCAGGACACCAUCACCGUGCUGGAGCUGGGAGAGGAGCGGGUCUACCGGGUGCUUGCCAUGAUGGACUUCACCAGUGACCGCAAGCGGAUGUCUGUGCUGGUCAGGAACCCCGAGGGGUCCAUCUGCCUCUACAGCAAGGGCGCCGACACAGUCAUCUUGGAGCGCCUGCACCAGAGGGGUGACAUGGAGGAGACCACAGAGGAAGUCUUGGCUGCCUUUGCAGGGCAGACCUUGCGGACCCUGUGCCUGGCCUACAAAGAGGUGUCUGAGGAGGACUUUGAGGUGUGGGAGAGCCAGCACCGCAGGGCCUGCCUCCUGCUACAGAACCGGGCACCGGCCCUGUACCAGCUGUAUGACGAGAUGGAACAGAACCUCCAGCUGUUGGGAGCUACAGCCAUUGAGGACAAACUCCAGGACGGGGUUCCAGAAGCCAUUCAGUGUCUUAAGAAAGCAAACAUGAAAAUAUGGAUGCUCACGGGGGAUAAGCAAGAGACAGCUGUGAACAUCGGUUUUGCCUGCCAGCUGCUGACAGAGAAUAUGCUCAUUCUGGAGGACCAGGAGAUAAGCCGCAUCUUGGAGACCUACUGGGAGAGCAACAACAACCUUCAAGCCCCACCAAGAAGAAACUUGAAGUCCCUGCCCCAAAUCAACAUGGCCAUGGUCAUUACUGGGGACUUUCUGGACCAGCUGCUUCUGUCACUGCACAGGGAGCCCCAGGCCCCCGUCCAAAAUGUGGUGAUGGACAAGACGAGGCAGGAGCCUGGCCAGAGGAGGAGGAGGGACUUCCUGCAGACCAGGAGGCUCUCCUGGAUGUGGCAGAAUUCCAGACCCCCACGGGCCCCGGCCCAGUCUAAGGCCUCCAAUACCCAAGAGAGUCCCAGGGUGCGACAGGAACAGGCAUUUGUGGACCUGGCAUGCAGGUGCCAGGUGGUCAUCUGCUGCCGCGUGACGCCCAAGCAGAAGGCUCAGAUUGUGGCGUUGGUGAAGAAAUACCAGCAAGCGGUGACCCUGGCCAUUGGGGACGGGGCCAAUGACGUCAACAUGAUCAAAACUGCGGACAUUGGUGUAGGGCUGGCAGGUCAGGAGGGCAUGCAGGCAGUACAGAACAGUGACUACGUGCUGGCCCAGUUCUGCUUCCUGAAGCAGCUGCUGCUGGUUCACGGCCGUCUCUCCUACGUGCGCAUCUCCAAGUUCCUUCGCUUCUUCUUCUACAAAACGACAGCCUGCGUGAUGGGCCAUGUUUGGUUCUCCUUCUACAACGGCUUCACUGCCCAGCCCCUGUAUGAAGGCUGGUUCCUGGCUCUCUUCAACACAGUCUAUACCGUCCUCCUGGUCCUGUACAUUGGGCUUUUUGAGCAGGAUGCCAGUGUGGAGAAGAGCUUGGAGAUGCCCCGGCUGUAUGUGGUUGGCCAGAGAGAGGAACUUUUCAACUACUGGAUUUUCUUCCAAGCCAUCGCCCAUGGCAUGGCCACCUCCCUGAUCAACUUCUUCGUGACGCUGUGGAGCAGCCAAGACAGGGCUGAGCCUGCCAGCCUUGGCGACUACCAGUCCUUCGCGGUGACUGUGGCUGUCUCUUGCUUGCUGUCUGUUAUCAUGGAGGCCAUCUUGGUCAUCAGAUACUGGAACAUUCUGUGUGUCGUGGCUGUUUUCCUCAGCCUGGGCUUCUACGCAAUUGUGACGUUUUUCACCCAGAGCUUGUGGCUCUACAAGAUUUCUCCGUCCACAUUCCCAUUUCUCUAUGCUGACUACUCUGUGCUGACCCAGCCGUUCAGUCUCCUGGUGAUCCCACUCAACAUGGCCACCACCACUUUACCCAUCUUGGCCUUCCGCACCAUCUGCCAGCAUCUCAGGGAGCUGCAUCCCAAGGUGAAGCAGGGCCGGGAGGAAACCCCGAAGGAUGAUGUCUUCACCGUGGAGCGCAUGCUUCACUUACGCCGUGAGUCUCCUACCCGGCGUUCCAGCUAUGCCUUCUCCCACCGUGAGGGCUAUGCAGAUCUCAUUACGCGGGGUACGAUCCUGAGGAAGCCUCCCACGGUCCACAGAGGUCCCCCCAUCCCAUCUGAUGCAGAACUGCCCUCGAGCCCCCAGCUGUCACCCAAGAACGCUAGGAAGACAUCUUCCUUGGGGAAGAAGAUUCAUCGGUACCAGGGAAAGGGAACCUCCAUGCCAUCUUCAGUCAGGAGCUUGUCGUUAAUUGUAGGAAGACGGUCUACUGUUCCCUCAGAAACCCAACCCACUGUCACUAAGCGAUGGUCCACCACCAUGAGCAGACUAUCUAGAUCGUUCCAAGAUAAGACAUUGUCAUCUUCUAAGGACCAGUCUCAGCUCUUUGCCACCCCAGCCAUUGCCUUCCUGCCAGAUCUUUGCCGAUCAGAGACUUUGGAGAGGUCAUUAUCAUUCUGUACACUGGCAGGAGAGCUAGAGAAAUAUCUGGCCAAAGGAUCUCAACCCCCAAAGGAAGACACAGAGACACUUCCCAAAAUGACCCACACUUCACCGGCAGAGACCCAGACACCAAAUGGGAGAUAG